AUGAAGAAGAAUGGCAUGAUAAUAUUUAAUAAACCGAACAUCACACCGAUCGUUUUUGAAAUGAUCUUAAAGUAUUUAUAUACGGGUGAGCUAAAUUUGAACAAGCAGUUGGGGAAGAACAUUUUCGAUUUGCUAAUUGCAUCUGAUGAGUUACUCCUCGAAGAAUUAUUUUAUCACGUCCGAGAUUACUUGGUUGAAAAAAAAUCUAAUUGGGUUAAGCAAGAGGUCAGGCAAAAUUUCGUCCUAAUCCUUAAUGCCGUAUUUAGACUUCCUGGUUGCAAUAGGCUGCAAGAUUGUUGUCUCGAAUUUAUUUGUGCAAAUCCACAACUGAUCAUUACCUCGAAAAACUUUUCAUUGUUAGAUGGUGACAUCAUAUUUGUCUUACUUAAAAGGGAUGAUUUGCAAGCAAAAGAGAUUGUCAUUUGGGAUUGUUUAAUUGAAUGGGGGAUUAGAAAAAUUGAAGGAUUAUGUAACGAUAUAUCUAGAUGGAGCCAGGAGAAUGUUGAGGAGUUGAGGAAAACGUUAAAACAAUUCAUUCCCCUUAUUCGAUUUAUGGAAAUUUCACCUGAUGAUUUUUAUGAUAAAGUUCGUCCUUAUAAGGCUAUCAUCCCCAAUCAGAUUUUUGAUGAAAUUGAAAAAUUAAGUUAUUCUAGACUUUCAAGAGACCUUUCUUUGAGAUUAAAUCAAGAUGAUGAUUUCAACGUAAUCAUUCAGAUUAGUGAAGAUCAAAAUGCAAAAUCAUUCCGAGCACAUUCAACUAUUUUAAGAGCGCGUUCUUCAUAUUUUAAAUGUGUUCUUUCGGUUACAAAGAUGAAUGAUCUUAUCACGCAUUAUAAACUUAGCUUCACUCCCGCCGUUUUUAACAUCAUCUUAACGUACAUUUACGCGGGUGAACUUUACAUGAUCAAAACAUCAGGUGAUGAUACCUUUGGAUUAUUAGUUGCAGCCGAUGAUUUACUCCUUGAUGAGUUAUUCAUACAUAAUACACCCGGAUUAAGAAGCAAUCAUGGUGAUGUAUCUAGAUGGAGUAAAGGUAAUUUUGAAGCAUUGAAGAAAACUUUAAAUCAAUUCAUUCCCCUCGUCGGAUUUGUGGAAAUCUCUCCUGGGGAUUUUUUCGAUUAUGUUCGUCCUUAUAAAGCUAUUAUUCCAUGUGAUACAUAUGAAGAACUCGCUAAAUUCUAUUAUAAGAAAACAUUUCCGAAAUCAAUCAUUUCACCACCACGACUUCGAAGGAUUCAAUCAAAAAUCAUCAAUCCAGAGCUAACUUACAUAAUUGCUCGUUGGAUCGAAAGAAAUAAUGAAAGCCACCUGUUACUCAGGAAAAAAUAUAAGUUCGAGCUUCUCUAUCGCGGAACUCGGGAUGAUAUUUUUCGUACAAAGUAUAGUAACCAUGGUCCAUGUUUAGUAUUAUUCAAACAACAUAAAUCACCAGUAAUUUAUGGAGAAUAUAAUCCACUAAAGUUUGUUCCAGGAAAUCGAUGGUAUAGUGAAAAAAAUAGCUUUAUAUUUUCAUUUGAAAAUGAUCAGGAUACUACAAAUAUGAGAAUAAGUCGUUUGUUAGAGGAUCACAAUUAUACAAGGAAUGUGUUAAAAAGAUGUGACAGUUAUGCAAGGAAUGAAUGGCAUAAUAAUAAAUUUUAUUUUGCUAGUACUUUUCGUAAGAUAGGUCAUUUUGUUUAUCCAAACAAUUUUGGAUAUUACGAUCAUAAGAUAAAAAAUGAUGCUAGAUUUAUUCCGGAGGAAAGGUUAUAUUAUAAACCUCCAUUAGAAAAUGGUAAAUAUGAGGGAUUUUAA